AUCAGCUGUAUAAACAACGUGAUAGAACAUUAUUCGUGGGACUGUCCUAACAUCGGUUAGACGCAGAUACAAUAUCUGACAGCUCUGAAACGCCACAGAAGAAAUUGAAGAUGGACCAUAAGGUGUUUAAUGAUCCCAUCCACGGGACGGUGGAGUUACACCCACUUCUCAUCAAAAUCAUCAACACACCUCAGUUCCAGAGACUGAGAAACAUCAAGCAGCUUGGAGGGGUCUACUUUGUUUACCCUGGAGCAUCCCACAACCGCUUUGAGCACUCCAUUGGGGUGGCGCACUUGGCAGGUCAACUUGUUGAGGCUCUGCGUACAAGACAGCCGGAACUCGACAUCGAUGACAGAGACGUCCUUUGUGUGAAGAUUGCUGGUCUCUGCCAUGACCUGGGACAUGGACCCUUUUCCCAUCUGUAUGAUAAAAUGUUCAUACCCAAAGUACCAUAUCCACCAGGUCCACUAGGUGAUAAAAUGGCAAAGUGGAAGCAUGAAGAAGCCUCUGUAGAGAUGUUUGACCAUCUGGUGAAAUCUAAUAAUCUGGAGCUGGAGAUGAAGGACCAUGGUCUGAAUCUGCCCGAGGACUUGGAUUUCAUCAAAAAGUUGAUUGAAGGACUGAGUGACCCUAAUGCAGUCCAGUGGCCAUAUAAUUGUCGGCCAAAGGAAAAAUCCUUCCUCUAUGAAAUCGUGGCCAACAAAAGCAACGGCAUUGAUGUGGACAAGUUUGACUACUUUGCCAGGGACUGCUACCACCUGGGCAUGAAGAACAACGUUGACCAUCUCCGCUUCAUGCAGUUAACCAGAGUGUGUGAGGUGGACGGGCUGAAUCACAUCUGCAGUAGAGACAAGGAGGUGGGCAAUCUGUAUGACAUGUUCUACACCAGGAACUGUCUCCACAGAAGAGCCUACCAGCACAGAGUGAACAAGAUCAUAGAGUAUAUGAUUGCAGAGGCCUUUUUAGAAGCAGACGGGCAUAUCAAGAUUGAAGGCUCAAAAAGGCAGAUGUUCACUCUCUCUACAGCCAUAGAUGACAUGGAGGCCUACACCAAGCUGACAGAUCAUGUGUUUGAACAAAUACUCCACUCUUCCUCCACGGAUCUGGCUGACGCAAAGAAGAUUCUGGAAAAGAUCAUCUCUCGAAAACACUACAAGUUUCUGGGUGAAAUCAGGCCUGGACCAAUCCCAACCAAGAAGGUGAUUGGUGAAUUGGAAAAGGAAUUGGCUGCCUUGGACUUCAUAGUUUUAGUCACUACUUUUGACUAUGGAAUGAAAGACAAGGACCCCAUCAAGAAUGUGUAUUUCUACAGCAAGAGAAACCCUGACACAGCAUUUAAGAUCACCAAAGACCAGGUGUCCAAGCUUCUCCCAGAAUGCUUUUCUGAGCAGCUGAUCGGGGUUUACAGUAAGAAGACUGAUGACCAGAGUCUGAAGGCUGCCAGGAAUCACUUGGACCAGUGGUGUGAAGAUAAGGGCUUGCCAAACCUUCAGUAUGGAGACACUGCAACACCAUAAAUCAUCCCUGGGGGAAAUAUCCAGAACAAUCCACCAGAUGUUUCAGAAAAUAGAGAUUAAAAGUGAAAAAAGAAAUCAAACACUCCCUGCUACUUAUAGGUUCAUUAUGAUUGAUUCUAUAAGGUGAGUAUGAUCACAGUGUAGUACUAGACACCACUUUUCUCCAAAAACAAAUGAUUUCAGAGUACCAGGAUACAUUACCGCAUGUUUGGGUCAUAUACUCAGUUUCUUUAGAGCCCUGUUCAACAUUGAACACAUAUCUAUGUUUUAGUUUGAUCAUUAAACACACUUUAAAUGUCUUGGUCUAAACUGAAGCAUAUUUUAGAUAAUUGUUUUUUAUCCAUCACAUUUAGGCUUCUCUGUGUAUUCUGUGUGUAUUCCUUAUAAUCAGGGCACGCUAUAAAGCAUUACCCACAUGGAGUGGACUUAAAGUGAAUAUUUAAAUUGUGGCUUAGGGAUUUUAAAUAUUAUUAAGGUGUUUGGUUUUUAUGUUAAUCUGUGUGAAUUGAUGUGAUAAUCUGAUUAUAUAUUAUGGGAAGCUCUGACUUGGGAAUCACUUUGUAUUGCAUCUAUCAAAUGAAAUAAGAGUUAUGAUUACUAUAACCAUUAUGAUAACAGUAUACUCUAGCCCAGUGGUGUCAAACUCAUUUUAGUUCAUGGGCCACAUCCCCCUAAUCUGAUCUCAAGUGGGCCGGACCAUUAAACCACUCCAGAAAGAUCAGAAACUGUAUCUGCCACAGAGUUACUUGUCAGCUUGAUGUUGGCAAACGCAAGUCGCUUCUUCUACGACGGUGUUUUAAGGCCGUUGUAGGAAAAAAAUAAUGUUACAGACCCGGGAGAGAGGGGUAAUAUUCCGAAAAAAAAGAUAAAGUCGUACAUUUUCGGGAAAAAGAACUCUGAUAUUUUCUGAGAUUAAAGUGGUAAAUUUGUUAUUCGUUUCUUCUCUGCAAUUUUCACACUUUGCAAGUUCAUCCAGUGGGCCUGAUUGGACCCUUUGGCGAGCCGGUUCUGGCCCACGGGCCGUAUGUUUGACACCCCUGCUCUAGCCUAUAUCACUGUUUCUCACUGUACUCGUACUAUAUAGCUCAACUUGCUUUGUUCAAUGUAACCAUUAGAGUGUGAUUAAGAUAAACUUUCAAUAUCGUUGUGUUUUGCUCAUAGAGUGAAACUGUAUUAGAUUAUUAAUAUAUAUUUGGGGAUGUAAAGGGAAACCUAUCUAAUCUAAUCUAUUAGAACCUUUCAACUGUAUCCCUGAUGAGACAGGUUGAUGUUUGUCCUUGUGUGGUUUAACUUUUCCAACAGAUGAAAUCAUAACACUUGUGUUUUCAGCUGGGAUGAUAAUUCAUCUUUUAUUCAUGGAACAUGUUGUCAAAGAAAAAAUUGGGAAUUUUUUUUUUUAAAUGUGUAUUAGCAAAGAAAGGCCUUAAAAUGAUAAAAGGAAAAGCAAUCAAUCCUGAAUGGAAAGAGAAAUAAAGGGAAGUGUCUCAGUGC